AUGACACUUGUCAGUGCAAAGGUCAGGAACAUUGAAUAUAAAGAUCCAGUGGAGGAAGAAUGGGAAAAAUUCCAAAAAGAGAUUAAAGAAGAAACUUCUACAUCAGCGGAAAUAAUUGCUGGUGAACAAGAAGAAGCUACUGCCGAACGACAAAUCGACGAAAUAGACGAACAAAUACGAAAUUGGUCUAGAGUUCUAGAUUUGGAACUUAAAAAAGAAGAAACAAAAAAGAAAAUACAGGAUGUAGAAAUGUUGGACAAGGAAGAUGAUAAUGAAUCAGAUAAUGAAGUAGACAUCGAUGAAUUCUUGGAUUGGCGAGCUAAAAAAUCUUUUGUG